AUGGAAAAGCCUUUGAACAGGACGGACUCUCUGGUGCAGGAAAACGAUGAGAUAACCUCUGCUCUGUUUGAAUCUAAAGUUUUCAACCUUGUGAUCACCUCCCUGGCCUUGUGCGUCCUUGCUGUUACUGGAGUCUACUGCAUCAGCGUCUGUUACAGUCGGACCAGGCAGUCCAAGAGAGCCCACAUAUACGAGAGUGCGGUGACCCAGGGGGAACCGGAGUACCCAGUGUCGGUCAAAGCGGUCAAGAGGUCCACCAGCUUCAGUAACCCUUUGGCUUUUCUGAGGCGGUCGGAGAGGGCCAAGGACAACUCCCGCAUCUACUACAUCUACAGCAACCCUCUGCCCGUGGGCCUGACCGAGGAUGAGGAGAAGGAGGUGGUGGCCAAAGUGAACUGGGACCCGGAGGAGAAAACCAGCUCCACGUUUGAAGAGUACGCCAAGGACCCGUACAGUGGAGUUGUACUGGACCCACCCAUUUUCUACAUGCAGCUUUAG